AUGGAUGUCAAAUAUAUAGGUGGUGAUAUACCUUGGACCCUUCCAUUUGGUGAUCAUUUUAAUUCAUCAAGCCAAGCAUCAUUAAAUAAUACACAUAAGAAUAACCUUCUUUCAGCAAAUGAUUUAGAGGAAAUUGCUCGUCGAUAUGAUUUUGAACCAUUAUAUUCAUCGGAUAAAAAACAACCUUCAACAAAAUUUCCUUUUGAUAAUGAUAAUUUACAAUGGAUGAAUGCGGGCACUUUCUUUAGUGAUAAAACUAUUGAACCACAGUUAACUGGAAAUGAUAAAACAGAUUUUCUUGAUAAUCAUGGACAUACAUUUUGUUAUUUAUGUUCAAUUAAUUAUCCUCAUCAACAUGAACGAACGAAACCUCGAGAUCACUCACAAAGACGAAAAUUAAUUCCAUAUAAUAAUCCAAAAGCACUUAAAACUCGAUCAGCAUCUAUAGAUCGAUCGGCUUCGAGUUCAUCAUUAUCAAAUUCAAUUCCAUAUCGAUUUAUUGUUCGAACUAGACCGGGGAAAAGAAGUGGUACACGAGCACAAGUAUUUUUAUAUAUGUAUGGAACAGAAAAUGAUUGGACUUCAAUAAAUUUACAUGCACGUACAAAUCAAACUACCGAUGGAUUUCCAAGUGGUUCAACCCGAACAUUUUGUUUUAAAGGACCUGAUAUUGGUCAUCUACAUCAUUUAAAUGUUAAUCUUGUUGGUGCUCGUUCAGAUAAAGAAUGGUUUCUUAAAGAAAUUGAAAUAACGAAUUUAAAUACAUCUGUAACAUGGUUAUGUGAAUUUAAUUGUUGGUUACCAAAAGUUGGCGAAGAAAAACAAUUUCAUGUUAAACCAACAAUUAAUCCUCAACGAGAAAUUCCAAUCGAGAAUUUAUCUGUUUAUAUUUUACAAGUUCUUACUGGCGGAAAACGUUUUGCUGGUACGGAUUCAAAUAUUCAAGUAAUAAUACGUGGAUCAACAGACCAAACACGAAAAUUAGCAUUGACAAGUAAUAAUGCAAAUCUAUUUGAACAAAAUCAAUUAGAUACAUUUGCUAUUGUUGGUUGGGAUAUUGGUGAUUUAUCAGAAAUAACUGUUGAAUCAGAUAAAACUCAACUUGCUUCUGAUUGGGAUUUGAAAGAAAUGAUAAUGUGGAAAAUAUUACCUAGUGAUAAUCAUAAACUAACUCAGAUCUAUUUUCCUUUUAAUAAUUGGCUUGGGACAAAAGAAAGACCGAUAUGUUAUGAAAUUACAGUUAAAACUGGAAAAGACUUUGGUGGUGGUACGGAUGCAAAUGUAUUUAUAAUUAUCUAUGGAGAAAGUGGUCGAACUGUAAUUCAUGAAUUAGAUAAUUUAGGUAAAAAUGAUUUUGAACGAAAUACAACAUCAGAAUUUACAAUUAUGGAUCUAGAUGUUGGUAAAAUAGAUCGAAUAAAAAUUUGGCAUGAUAAUUCUGGUGUUGGUGCUGCUUGGUUACUUGAUAACGUAACAGUUCGUAAGAAAUAUUCAACAUCUCGUUCAAUAACUAAUAUAUUCAUUCAACGACUUGAACAAAUCAGUACUGUUUUAUAUUAUCAAAUUCUUAAACAAGUACAAAAGAGUCAUAGCGUUCGUACAUCAGAUCGAAAGAGUGAACAUUCGAAUGAUGAUUUAGAUAAUAAUCGAAGUAUUUUACGUAAAAAUAGUUUACAUAAAAAAGUUACAUGGGAUGAGAAUAGUAUUGGUUCACAAGAAGAUUUCAUUUCAAAUGAUAAAACACGAAUGAAAAGUAAACAGACAACAGUUGAACAAAAAUCUAAAAAAGAUGAUUUAUUAGCACCAAAUGAAGCUGGUCAUUUUGAUCAUCAAGCAUAUUGGAUAUCUUCUCAUUCGUAUAUUGAUAAAAAAUGGCAAAUUAAAUCAAUUGAAGAACAAAAUUCAUUUAAUUUAGAACAAUCAAUACGUUCUUUACUUUUAUCAGAUCGUUCAACGAUAAGUAGUAAAAUAAAAACACCAAUCAAUGAAAGAGAUGAUGAUAUUUAUGAAUUUGAAGCGAAACGUUGGUUAGCAAAAGAUAAAAAUGAUGGUAAAACUGAAGUAUACUUAACACCAAAAUCUAUUCAACUAUCAACUCAUACUAAUACUGAAAUGAAAACAAAACCAAAAUCAUUAGCUGAUACAUUGAAUGAUACACAAAAGAAGCAGUUUACUUCAUCAUCAAAAUCUUCUUCGGAGUUACGAUAUGAAGAAGAACAUUCGAAACGUUCAUCACAACAUGACCUAGGAUCAUUACAAAAAUCACCAAGAAGUUUAACAUCAUUAGAUCGACCACCACAAGAUACAACAAAAACAAAAAUUGAUCAAUCACAUGAACUUAAACGAUCUUCUAGCACAUUAAAACGACAAGAAGAACCGUUUAUUGAUAAAUAUCAACGACCAUCAUCACCUAAUCAACAUGCAAAAUCUCCACGUGAUCAUCAUGAUCGUAUUAUACCAUCAGCUAGUGAACGAGAAUUAUUAGCAAGAGUAUCAGGUGAACCACCAUAUCAUUCGCGAUCCGCAGCAACAUCUUUACUUGAUACUCGUUCAUCAGAUUUAUAUAAUCAACGUUCUAAAUCACCUCGGUUAAAUAAUGAACCAGCCAGUCCAUUGACUAGUAAUCGAGAUCAAUCAGCAAGAAAACCAUCUGAAUUGCCGCAUCAUUCUCGACCAGCAGCAACAUCAUUAAUUGAUACUCGCUCAUCUGAUUUAUAUAAUCAACAUUCACGAUCACCUAGAUUGAAUAAUGAUCUAACUAGUCCAUUAACUACCAGUCCAUUGACUAGUAAUCGAGAUGUAUCAGCAAGAAAACCAUCUGAACUGUCACAUCAUUCUCGACCAGUAGCAACAUCGUUAACUGAUACUCGCUCAUCUGAUUUAUAUAAUCAACGUCCAAAAUCAUCUAGAUUAAAUAAUGAUCUAACUAGUCCGUUAACUAGUAAUCGAGAUGUACUAUCAAGAAAGCCACCUGAAUCACCAUCUUCCAAAACAUCAACUUCACGACAUCAAGUGUACAGCUCUGCUUAUGGUACAUUACCAACAGAUGACUUUUAA